UGAUUCAACCAAGGUUGUGGUUUGCUAGCGAACAUUAAAUCGGAACAUUGAAGCGUUUAAGACACAUCUUGUGUAUAUUAUUCUUAGUGUUUUAAACACAAUUCUGUUUACAUAUCUACUCGUUCAUUGAAACGUAGAUUGCUUGUUAAAUUAGCUAAUGUGGUGAAUUGAUACUGCACGAGGCUAAUCGCCCGAAACAUGAGCUCACUAAUCUCGACGGAGAAAGAAGCUCUGAUGAAAGGAGAGGAAGAAGCUUUCAGGAUGAAAACGGAGGAAGAGGAGGCUAUCGCAUUGAAAGAAGAAGAGGAUGAUAUUACAGUGAAAGAGGAAGAUGGGAAAGAGGUUGUGGAAGAGGAGGAGGUAGAAGCUUUCAGAAUCAAAAAGGAGGAAGGUGCCAUAACAUUGAAAGAAGAGGAAGAACCUUUUGGAGUAAAAGAGGAAGAGGAGGCUAUCUCAAUUAAAGAGGAGGAGGAAGACGUUUUGGGAGUGAAAAAGGAUGAGGCUGAAGAUUCGAUUAAGACCAGAGAGAGACAUGACUAUGGUGGAUCCUCUGGGAAGCCUCAACAACAUCCUGAUGCUGACGAGGAAGAGAAGAGUCUCUCCAGAUCAGAACACCAGAUGGACAAUGCUAGCCCUUCCUCCCUCCCAGAGUCCCCGUGUUGUGCCUCUCCCGGUAGCACGUUACUGGGUAUGAAGAGGUUGUCUGUGCUGCUGGUGGACUGCAGGAAAACAACGGGGCUGAGUGGAACUGUGAGAGGAGGAGAAGAGAAUAAAGGAUCAGAUUUAACUCAUCAAAGAGAAAGACCAGACUCAGUGGAACCAGAGCCAGGAACGUCCAAACCAGCAAGAAGACACCAGUGCUCCCAGUGUGGAAAGAGUUUCAACCGGUCAGGACACCUGAAAGCUCAUGAGCUAGUGCACACAGGGGAGAAGCCUUACCACUGCUCCCAGUGUGGCAAGUGUUUCAACCAGUCAGGACACCUGAAAGCUCAUGAGCUAGUGCACACAGGGGAGAAGCCGUACCACUGCUCCCAGUGUGGCACGUGUUUUAGCCAGUUAGUGAAUCUGAAACGACAUGAGCUAGUACACACAGGGGAGAAGCCAUACCACUGCUCCCAGUGUGGCAAGUGUUUUGACCGGUUAUGGACUCUGAAACAACAUGAGCUAGUGCACACAGGGGAGAAGCCGUACCACUGCUCCCAGUGUGGCAAGUGUUUUAACCAGUUAUGGACUCUGAAACUACACGAGCUAGUACACACAGGGGAGAAGACAUACCAUUGCUCCCAGUGUGGCAAGUGUUUUAACCAGUUAUGGACUCUGAAACAACAUGAGCUAGUACAUAAAGGGGAGAAGCCAUACCACUGCUCCCAGUGUGGCAAGUGUUUCAAACAUUCAGGGGAUCUGAAAAAACAUGGAAGAAUACACACAGGGGAGAAGCCUUACCACUGCUCCCAGUGUGGUAAGUGUUUUAGCCAGUUAGGGAAUCUGAAACGACAUGAGCUAGUACACACAGGGGAGAAGCCAUACCACUGCUCCCAGUGUGGCACGUGUUUCAAACAUUCAGGGGAUCUGAAAAAACAUGGAAGAAUACACACAGGGGAGAAGCCGUACCACUGCUCCCAGUGUGGCAAGUGUUUCAAACGGUCAGGACACCUGAAAGCUCAUGAGCUAGUACACACAGGGGAGAAGCCGUACCACUGCUCCCAGUGUGGCAAGUGUUUCAGCCGGUCAGGACACCUGAAAGCUCAUGAGCUAGUACACACAGGGGAGAAGCCGUACCACUGCUCCCAGUGUGGCAAGUGUUUCAAACAUUCAGGGGAUCUGAAUAAACAUGGAAGAAUACACACAGGGGAGAUGCAUUACCACUCCUCCCAGGGUCUAACAUCCCUGACCAUGAGCUCACUAAACUACUCCCUUGCUAAUGAAGAGGAGGUCUGCUUUACGGAGAAAGAAUCUUUCAGAAUGAAAAAGGAGGAAGAGGAUGUUGUUAUAGUGAAAGAAGAGUACGAACCUUUUAGAGAGGAAGAGGAUGCUGUCUCAAUAAAGGUGAAGAAGGAAGACGUUUUGGGAGUGAAAGAUGAGGAGACAGAAGAUCCGAUUAACACCAGAGAGAGACAUGACUAUGGUGGAUCCUCUGGGGAGCCUCAACAACAUCCUGAUGCUGACGAGGAAGAGAAGAGUCUCUCCAGAUCAGAACACCAGAUGGACAACGCUAGUCCUUCCUCCCUCCCGGAGUCCCUGUGUCUUGCCUCUCCCGGUCGCACCUUACUGCUGGGUAUGAAGAGGUUGUCUGUGCUGCUGGUGGACUGCAGGAAAACAACAGGGCUGAGUGGAACUGUGAGAGGAGGAGAAGAGAAGAAAGGAUCAGAUUUGACUCAUCAAAGAGAAAGACUAGACUCAGAGGAACCAGAGCCAGAGCCAGGGACGUCCAAACCAGCAAGAAGACACCAGUGCUCCUACUGUGGAAUGGGUUGUAACUGGUUAGGGGACCUGAAACAGCAUGAGAGAAUACACACCGGGGAGAAGCCUUACCACUGCUCGCAGUGUGGUAAGUGUUUCAGUCGGUCAGGGGUUCUGAAAAAACACGAAAGAAUACACACAGGGGAGAAGCCUUACCACUGCUUGCAGUGUGGCAAGUGUUUUAACCAGUCAGGGGACCUGAAACAACAUGAGAGAAUACACACAGGGCAGAAGCCUUACCACUGCUCCCAAUGUGGAAAGUUUUUCACCUGGUCAGGGAAUCUGAAACAACACAAGAGAAUACACACAGGGGAGAAGCCUUACCACUGCUCUCAGUGUGGCAAGUGUUUCAACCUGUCAGGGGAUCUGAAACAACAUGAGAGAAUACACACAGGGGAGAAGCCUUACCGCUGCUCCCAGUGUGGAAAGUGUUUCAACCAGUCAGGACACCUGAAAACUCAUGAGCUAAUACACACAGGGGAGAAGCCUUACCACUGCUCCCAGUGUGGCAAGUGUUUCAAACGGUCAGUUGAUCUGAAAAAACAUGAAAGAAUACACACAGGAGAGAAGCCUUACCACUGCUCCCACUGUGGAAAGGGUUGUUACCGGUUAUGGGACCUGAAACAACAUGAGAGAAUACACACGGGGGAGAAGCCUUACCACUGCUCCCAGUGUGGAAAGUGUUUCAGCCUGUCAGGACACCUGAAAGCUCAUGAGCUAACACACACAGGGGAGAAGCCUUACCACUGCUCCCAGUGUGGCAAGUGUUUCAACCGGUCAGGGGAGCUGAAACGACACGAGAGAAUACACACAGGGGAGAAGCCUUACCACUGCUCCCAGUGUGCAAAGUGUUUUAACAAGUUAUGGGGCCUGAAACAACAUGAGAGAAUACACACAAGGGAGAAGCCUUACCACUGCUCCCAGUGUGGAAAGUUUUUCAGCUGGUCAGGGAAUCUUAAAAGACAUGAGAGAAUACACACAGGGGAGAUGCAUUACCACUCCUCCCAGGGUGCAAAACAUUUGCCCAUUUACCCUCCCAAACCUCUCUACAACAUCCCCAACAAACACCUUCACAACCCUCCCAAACCUCUCUACAACAUCCCCAACAAACACCUUCACAACCCUCUCUACAACAUCCCCAACAAACACCUUCACAACCCUCCCAAACCUCUCUACAACAUCCCCAAACGUCUCUACAACAUCCUGACAUCUGGAGAUAUCAGUGGUCACUCUUCAUCAAGAGCAGUUCCACUCAGCCCCGUUGUUUUCCUGCAGUCCACCAGCAGCACAGACAACCUCUUCCUACCCAGCAGUAAGGUGCUACCGGAAGAGCUAACAUCCCUGACCAUGAGCUCACUAAACUGCUCCUCCCUUGCUAAUGAAGAGGAGGUCUGCUGUUUGGAGAAAGAAUCUUUCAGAAUGAAAAAGGAGGAAGAGGAGGCUGUUAUAGUGAAAGAAGAGAACGAACCUUUUAGAGAGGAAGAGGAUGCUGUCUCAAUAAAGGUGAAGAAGGAAGACGUUUUGGGAGUGAAAGAGGAGGAGACAGAAGAUCUGAUUAACACCAGAGAGAGACAUGACUAUUAUGGAUCCUCUGGGGAGCCUCAACAACAUCCUGAUGCUGACGAGACAGAGAAGAGUCUCUCCAGAUCAGAACACCAGAUGGACAACGCUAGCCCUUCCACCCUCCCGGAUUCCAUGUGUCGUGCCUCUCCCGGUAGCACGUUACUGCUGGGUAUGAAGAGGUUGUCUGUGCUGCUGGUGGACUGCAGGAAAACAACGGGGCUGAGUGGAACUGUGAGAGGAGGAGAAGAGAAGAAAGGAUCAGGUUUGACUCAUCGAAGAGAAAGACCAGGCUCAGAGGAACCUGAGCCAGGGACGUCCAAACCAGCAAGAAGACACCAGUGCUCUUACUGUGGAAAGGGUUUUAACCAGUUAGGGACCCUGAAACAACAUGGGCUUGUACACACAAGGGAGAAGCCUUACCACUGCUCCCACUGUGGCAAGUGUUUUAAGCGUUUAGGGAACCUGAAACGACACGGGCUAGUACACACAGGGGAGAAGCCAUACCACUGCUCCUGGUGUGGAAAGUGUUUCAGCCGGUCAGAAAUCCUGAAAGCCCACAAGCUCGUACAUACAGGGGAGAAGCCUUACCACUGCUCCCAGUGUGGAAAGUGUUUCAGCCAUGCAGCGAGUCUGAAAUACCACGAAAGAAUACACACAGGGGAGAAGCCUUACCACUGCUCCCACUGUGGCAAGUGUUUUAAGCGUUUAGGGAGCCUGAAACGACAUGGGCUAGUACACACAGGGGAGAAGCCAUACCACUGCUCCUGGUGUGGAAAGUGUUUCAGCCGGUCAGAAAUCCUGAAAGCCCACAAGCUCGUACAUACAGGGGAGAAGCCUUACCACUGCUCCCAGUGUGGAAAGUGUUUCAGCCAUGCAGCGAGACUGAAAAACCACGAAAUAAUACACACAGGGGAGAAGCCUUACCACUGCUCCCAGUGUGGCAAGUGUUUCAACCGGUCAGGAAUCCUGAAAGCCCAUGAGCUAUUACAUACAGGGGAGAAGCCUUACCACUGCUCCCAGUGUGGCAAGUGUUUUAACCGGUCUGGGAACCUGAAACAACACGAGAGAAUACACGCACGAGAGAAGCCUUACCACUGCUCCCAGUGUGGAAGGAGUUUUUACCAUAAAAACAGCCUGAACCAACAUGAGAAAAUACACAGAUGGGAGAUGCAUUACCACUCCUCCCGGGUGCAAAGCUUUUGCCCAUUUAGGAAGCCUGAAAGAACACGAGACACAGAGGAGAAUGCUAACAAAAGCUUAGACUUUGGGAGAACAUAUUACUCAUAACAAUCAUUUAAACGUCAUAAGAGAAUCCACACAGGAGAGAGAAAUUACUUCUCUUAGCGUGUAUGUUGAUAUUUCACAUCUCGUUUUUUCUUACAAUUCAUCAGAGAACAUACACAGUGCUCCCGUUGUCUUAUAUUGUUGCCUAUAAUGUGUUGACCUGUUUUUACCAGAUGAAAUUGCUUCUUCCAAUUAUUGAUAAACAUGUACCUGUUAUGAAACUGACUGUUAGAUAUGUUAAGGUUCCAUGGAUUGAUGAGGAAUUUAAAAACUGUAUGCUUGAAAGAGUUGGGGCAAAAGGAGUGGCUAAUAAGUCUGUCUGGCUGUUUUAUGUACUGCAAAUUGAGAAAUUAUGUGACCAAACUCAACAAAAAUAAUCAACUUUAUUAUGAAGCCAAGAUCAAUGAUAUAAAGAAUGAUGGAAAAAAAACUUGUAGAAAAACAUCAUGAAAGAAAAGCAGUGCAAGUAUUGAAUUUUGUAAAGUUAGUGUGGGAGAGGUGGAACUACCCAAGAGUGGUAAAGCGGCCUUUACUGGUUCUAACAGCAGACCUAUAAGCUUGCUGCCAGCUCUUAGCAAACUGUUGGGAAAAAAAUGGUUUGAACAAAUACAAUGCUAUAUUUCUGUCAACAAAUGAACAACAUACUUUCAGCAUGCUUAUAGAGAAGGGCACUCAACAUGUACUGCACUGACACAAAUGACUGAUGAUUGGUUGAGAGAAAUUGAUAACAAGAAGAUUGUGGGAGCUCUAUUGUUAGAUUACAGUGCAGCCUUUGAUAUUAUUGACCAUAACCUGUUGUUUAUUAAGAAUGUUUGUGCUAUGGCUUUUCAACCUCUGCCAUAAUGUGGAUUCAGAGCUAUCUAUCUAAUAGAACUCAGAGGGUUUUUAAUGGAAGCUUCUCUAAUGUCAAACAUAUGAAGUGUGAUGUACCGCAGGGCAGCUCUCUAGGCCCUCUACUAUUUUCUAUUUUUACCAAUGGCCUUCCACUGGCAUUAAACAAAGCAUGUGUGUCCAUGUAUGCUGAUGAUUCAACUAUAUAAUCACCAGCAACCAUAGCUAUUGAAGUCACUGAAACCCUUAACAAAGAGUUGCAGUCUGUUUUGGAAUGGGUGGCCAGUAAUAAACUGGUCCUGAACUUCUCUAAAACUAAGAGCAUUGUAUUUGGUACAAAUCAUUCCUCAAGUUCUAGACCUCAGCUGAAUCUGGUAAUGAAUUGUGUGGCUGUUGAACAAGUUGAGGAGACUAAAUUACUUGGCAUUACCUUAGAUUGUAUACUGUCAUGGUCAAAACAUAUAGAUUCAAUGGUUGUAAAGCUGGGGAGAGGUCUAGCCAUAAUAAAGAGAUGCUCUGCUUUUUUGACACUACUCUCCACAAAGCAAGUUCUGCAUGCUCUAGUUUUGUCUAAUCUUGAUUAUUGUCCAGCCGUGUGGUCCAGUGCUACAAGGAAAGACCUAGUAAAGCUGCUGCUGGCCCAGAACAGAGCGUCUGUCACGCCCUGGCCAUAGAGAAGCUUUUAUUCUCUAUUUUGCUUAGGCCAGGGUGUGACUAGGGUGGGCAUUCUAUGUUAUUUUUCUGUGUUUUUGUAUUUCUUUGUUUUUGGCCGGGUAUGGUUCUCAAUCAGGGGCAGCUCUCUAUCGUUUUCUCUGAUUGAGAACCAUACUUAGGUAGCUCUUGCCCACAUGGGUUUUGUGGGUAGUUGUUUUCUGUCUUUGUGUGUCUGCACCAGACAGAACUGUUUCGUUUGUUCCGCUUUGUUGUUUUUGUUCUUGUGUUCAGUUUCUUUAUUAAAUCUACCAUGAACACGUACCACGCUGCACCUUGGUCCUCUUCACCUUCUUCUACCUAUGACAACCAUUACAGCGGCACGUUUUGCUCUUAAUUGUAAUCAGAAGGCUGAUAUAAAUACUAUACAUGCCAGUCUCUCUUGGCUAAGAGUUGAGGAGAGACUGACUAUAUCACUUAUUUUUAUAAGAAACGUGAAUGUGUUGAAAAUCCCAAAUUGUUUGCAUAGUCUGUAAUGGAAUUCUGCCCUAUGUGCACAGAAGAGACCACAGGAAAACUAAUUCAAUCAGAGGUUAGUUUGUUUAAUAAGUAUUGCAACCCAGAGUUUACACUUACAGCAAUUUGCAAGCAAGACACUCAGUUCAAAAGAUGGUGUUUUCCCUUUUUAUCCCCUACUGAGGAUCACCCCGCCCAGGCUGAUGUCCCUUAACUUUAAUACCAUGUAAGUUUGUGUGUAUGCAUUGAUAUGUAGGCUACGUGUGCCUGUUACAAAAUGUAUGUAGUUUUGUCCUUGAGCUGUUCUUGUCUAUUGAUGUGCUGUAUUAUGUGUCAUGUUCUGUGUGGACCCCAGGAAGAGUAGCUGCUGCUUCUACAACAUCUAAUGGGGAUCCUAAUAAAAUACCAAACUCUGUUAUUCUCUCUGAGCUCAGAAAUAAAGA